AUGCCCUCUAGCACCCAUAGUGGCGUGCUUCCAGCCGGUUCCCAACAUUCGCCCUCGGACUACGCACGCCUGGAGACAGGGCAUGGCUGUGGCGCGGACCGAAACCACCGGGUGCUCGAGGCGCGGGGCGGGGCGGACGAGGAGGAAGACGAGGUAGAGAUCCUCUUUGCCUCGCCAGCGACCCCCACGGACGACCAGGGUCGAGCCUCCGCGUUCCUGGUCUCUUCCUCUUCCCCCUCCAGCUCGCCCCCCGCCCCCCACGCCACGGCCUUGCCCUCCGUGAGAAACCUCCUACGGCCCCUGGGCGCCAUCUUCUCCCUCUCCUCGUCCUCUGCCUCCGGAUGUAGGCAUGGAGGCGCCAGGGGCGCGGGAGGAAGUCUCCAUCUUCCCCCUUCCCGGGGCUCUCCCCCGAGCCGAUUUCUGCGGCGGAUGCGGACGUCAUCCAGCCACGAGCACGCCGAAGGGCAGGGACGCACCUCCUCCUCCUCCUCCUCCUUCUCCUCCUCCUCCUCCUCGCCGCAGCCCCCCACCGCCAGCGGGGCCUUCGUCUCUCCGCGUUUCCACAGCCACGCCCCGCCCUGGGUGCAGGUCACCUACUUCCUCCUCCUCGGCUGCCUCUUCCUCGCCGCCCUGGUCGACAGCUUCACGAGCCGGCACCUCUACCAUCUGCUCGAGCAUCUCUUCGCCUGGGUGGAGGAGCAUCAGAUCCUGGGCCCCCUGGUCUUCUGGUCGGCUGUCGUCGUCUUCUCGGUCGUGUGCGUGCCGGAGAGCGCGCUCACCGUGGGCGGCGGCUACAUCUUCGCCAAGGCCCAUGGGGUCGGCUGGGGCAUCCUCCUCUGCACCUUCCUCAUGAUGGCGGGGGGCGUGGUCGGCUCCGUCAUAGCCUUUUUGGUCGCGCGCUACCUCGCAUUCGACACGGUGCAGCGCUGGGCUCGCCGGCACCGACUCCUCCGGGCACUGGACCUCUCUCUGGUGGAAAAUGGCGCGAAAAUGGUCUUCUUGCUCCGCCUCUCCCCCUUCCUCCCUGCGCCACCGCUCUCCUAUUUGUUGGGCACCACCAGCGUCAAGCUCUCGGAUUUCGUGCUGGGCAGCACAGGCAUGCUUCCCUGGAUCGUGACUUGUUCGUAUCUCGGGAGCGCCUUGAGGGGCGUGGCGGACGUGGCCGGGAAGGGGAGGAGGGGCCAAAGCAAGUGGGCGUACGCCCUGUACGCGCUGGGGGCGGUGGGGACGAUGGGGGUGGUGGCGGCCAUCGGCAUCUACACGCGGAGGGCGAUGGAGGAGAUUUUGCGGGAGGAGCCCAGCGAGGGGGAGGAGAGGAAGGAAGCUGAGGACCGGGGGAGGAGGGAGGACGGAGUGCACACUGAGAUGAAUGCGGUGUUGCGGGUGGAAAACAGUGGGGAAGAAGAACAAGGGAUGGAAGGGCGGGAGGGGGUUGGGGGGCGGCAGACGGA